GCUGGUGAAGUUGCUGCAGCAGAACGACAGCAUUAGAGCGCUGGCGCUGAAGUUUUACGAGCCGGACUGCUUGGAAGACGAAUUGCUGCAAUGUGCAGAGACGAUUACUCUCGGACUUUCAGAUACAAUUUGUGUUCUACAAACUUAGCAAAGGCAAAAAAGGAAACGCCCCUAGAAUGUCUCCCACCAAUAUCUCCUGCCUUGCUUCAGCACUGUAAACGAGUGUACUAUCAAAUCCAGGUGUGGCUUCAGCAUAGAUUAGAUCCCUGCUUGUGGGGAUGGACAAGACAGGGUAAUAUUCUCAUUCCGAUCAUGUCUGAACUAGAUCCCGCACCAAAAGAACUGUUACAAGAGGUUUCCUGUGGAUGCCAAGGGCGCUGCAAAUCGAAGCGAUGUAACUGCCGAAAAGCCGGUCUAAAGUGCAACCCUGCUUGCAAAGUAUGCCGCGGAAAAUCGUGCAACAACUCAAAGAGAUGGACUGCUACAGAACACCAUGAUAGCGAAACUCCGACUACUACAGAUGCAUGUGAGGAGGACGGUGGACAAACUACCGUAGAACCCGAUAAUGAUGACUUAACAGAAGAUGAUGAGACCUCAUCAAGCAGCCACGAUGCAACGACCGAUGACGAGGAAAUUAACGAAGGACUUUAA